AUGAGAGGAGAUAGGGGUGCUGCGACAAGAUUUUACGACAGAUCACUUCGAGGUGAUGUAGCAGGCGUCCGAGGGAAUGUCGGGGAGACUGGUGUCCCUCGAGAUUGGUGGGCAACGGCCGGGGGAAUCGAUCAGUUUUUUGGUUCGGUGCCGGAGGUCGAGAGGGAGGGGGUGGAGGGAGGGACAGGGGUGGCCGAGGAGGCAGCGGAGGGAACGUCAGAGGUGGUAGUAGAGGGGGAUGAUCAGGUUGCGGAGGAUGAGAGGACGCCGGAGAUGACGGAUGACGAGGUAGUAUUCGUGUCGGAGGGGGCGACGGACGUCCCGAAGGGUAAGAAGCGUGCUACUGACGUGCCAGAGAUGAUGGUCGGUAAGAGAUCAAGAUUGCCGUCACAGUACAUCGUUUCUCCCUACACGGUCGAGGCGAAGAGAAGGGGAUUUGUGGAUGGGGCGUACCCCAAUCUUUUUCGCGACGUCGACCCAGUCAGACAGAAGGCGUUCGAUGAUUGGUUCAAAUCCCUUAAGUCCGAAGAUAGUUAUACCAUCGGCUGUAUGACCGUGCCCAAUGCUAAAAAGUGGUUUGAAGAUGUACUGACGACCUCAGCUUGGCUCGCUGAUGAUCAUAUCGACUUGGCUAUGGAAUUGUUACGCGAUCGGGCGCGGAGAUACCCGAGAUCUUAUGACAGUCCUACUCGAGUUAUCUUGAGCGCUGAGUUCGUUCGUGUCGUAGAUAUUGAGCAUCAGGAGCUCCUAAGCAAGGGGAAUGAUUAUGUUCUGUCUGAGUAGAUGCUGGAGUGGGUGAUUGGAUUACAGUUGAGGUGCGGAAAGUCGUGGACGGAUUGUACACAUAUGUACAUUCCAGUGAUCGCGAACUCACACUGUUUUUCGGUGGAGAUCGUAUUUACUGAUUCCACCAUAUAUGUGUACGACUCUGAUCAUAGCUGUCUGACACAAAGUCAACUGGAGCAAAUACUGG